AUGUCAAUGCUCUUGGAUCGCGCACCUAGAUUAACAAAGCCAAAUUUGGCAAAAAAUGUAUCUGAUGGAUGCGCUCUUGAUAUACAUGAGAGUGUUGUGCUCAUUAAACAGAUCCCGAAUCUCAUCACAUCGGCCGCGGUCGAGUCUCCGCCAUCGGGGGUAUCAACCGCGGAGGUCCAGCGGAGGGUCGCGAUGCUACAUUCGGUUCUCGAGCCCAUGAAGAAUCAUGUGGAGUCGAUGCGAUUUGCCCGAAAGUUAAAAGAAUACAAACACCUUGUUAGGAUUCACACGCAACGUUUAAAAGCUGAGGAAGAAGCUAAAAAGAGAAACGCUGAAGAAGAAAGGUCUAGAAAUGAGCAAGAACGAAACUUAAAUGAAUCCAAAGUCUUGUAUUAUCAAGGUUUAAACGAUGUAUUUUCUCAAAAGAUAUUUCAAUGCAAAGCGCGUAAUCAUGAAGCCAUGCUUAACAUCAUUGCCAAAGGAAAAGAAGCGGAGGAGAACCGAGCUCUCAAGCUGGAGAAGCACAUGCGCGAUCGUGAAAUGAAGCAACUCGCACUACAAAAAAGACAAAACGCAAAUAUGGAACGGGUCAGGUCUGUCAACUCCCGCUAUCACAAUGAGAACACAUUGAAUCAAUUGAGGAAGCAGCAAGAAGCCGAGAUUCGAGCUCUAGAAGUUAAGAUGAGGCUUGAUUUUGUGCGUAAGUAUCGUAUUUUGUCCAUUGCGGCGAAGAACUCUAACCGAUACAAUUCUAAGACUUUAACAGAACUCGAAAGAACUGGAUCUGGUUCCAAUUCAAAGAGUUAUGAAAAACUUAUGGAAGAGUUAGAAACCAAACACAAACAGCAGCAAGAGCGGUAUGCAGAACAGAAGGCAGCUCAACAAGAAUACCAGAAUGUUCAUACGCUUCAGGUUGCGAACAGACGACUUCAGCAAAAGAAUAAUGCCUUAUCUCUGGUAGAGGAAAAAAUAGCUCACGACGAAAAAAUCAUUGAGAAUCUCAAUGAAAAAAUGUCAAAAAUCAAGAAAACCAAAAAGGCCCAGGACCUGAAACGUAAUGAAUCGCGUCUAAACACAAUUGCCGAUAUUGAAAUGCACAAAAUACGCGCAGAACAGAUUGAGUCAAAACGGCAGAUCGAAUUUUCUAUUAAGAGUUUCCAACGUUGGAAUGCCCGUGUGAACUCUAUGUUGGGAAGGAUUCAGGGAGUGCAUAAUACAAAUAAGAACUUGGAUGAUGAAUAA